AUGCCAGGCUCGGUUGGCUUCGUAGACGUGGCCGACGUUGCGACGGCGCACGUGCUGGCCGCGCAGACGCCGAGCGCGGGUGGCGAGCGGUACAUGUGCAGCGGCGAAACGCGCACGUGGCUCCAUGUCGUCAGCUUGUUGCGCAGUAUUUUCCCCUCCGCGCCCCUUCCCACGGCCUGCGCCGACGGCUCGACCACGCAGCCGUGCCUGAUGCUGCGCAACGACAAGAUCCGCAGGGACCUCGGCAUCGAGUUCACCCCGCUUGAGCGGACGCUGCGCAAGCAAGGGGACGCGCUCGCCCGGUCUGGGCUGAUCAGCCUAUGA